AACGGCAUAAAAGGGAUAGAAACUGCCCUCGAGAUAAUCACAGCAGCGAUCCAGUUCCCUCCUCCAUCAUUGCUUUUGUUGUCCGAGAUCAUCGAUUUCACUUUCCGCUCCUAUCCUUCGAAAGCUGUUUUGAACCCGAUCCUUCAUCAACAUGCCCGGCCCACCUCUGACAUUGGACAUUCUCAAAAGCCUGGACUCUACUUUCUGGGCGAACGAGAGUCACGUCAAUGGCGUCUGGAACGUCUUCUUCAAUUUCUACUUUGAAGGCGACAAAUUCAUCGUGUGUCCGGAAAGCACGUUGGAUGACGCUGAUAGUCGUCUCCGCGGAGACUUGGACAUCAUCCAGAUCAAUUCUCCAAGGGACCCUGUAAAGCCACUCUCCAUAGCUUUGAGUUACGAGGGAAAGAGAGAAGGAGCAGGGCGAGCCACCGUGGAUGCUGUUGUCGGCCAACUUCAGAAAUACGCCACCAAUGCGUACAAGACGCAGAAAGGUGCGAAUUUCUUCUGCAUUGCGGCAGAGGGAACAACGUUUCGACUUUUUGUGAAGUCAUCGGCGGAUUCGCUUGUCGGCCUCAAUAUGCGGAUGGGCGGUGGGAAACCCACGGUCGCAAGCAACACAGGUGGAGCAACUGCUGCAACUACGUACGAUCUCCUCAACGCCGAAAACUAUCGAGACAUCUGCGGCGCCUUGGAAUAUAUCCGGGACCAUACCUUUCCGCUGGACACUGACUACUGAUAAGGGGGUUGCAAAUGCGUACAUG